CGUUAACGACUUCUCGUAACGUGCGUUACUCGUGCGGCUCUCCGGAGACAAAAAGGGACACCGUAUAUCACGUAACCGGACUUGAACGAAUCCGGUACCCCACUGUGCUUUUGAGGCAGGUCACGACGGGGCCUAUCUACGAGCCUGACGUAUAAUAUUGUAUCGCUACCGUCUGUUUUCUCGUGCUGACACUGCCGGCAAGGCAAGGCGAGGCGAGGCAAGACGAGACGAGACGAGACGAGACGAGACGAAACGAGACGAGACGAGACGAGAGCGAGAGCGAGCUAAGUCUAAGCGAGCAGAGCUGAGCCAAGCUGAGCGCGCGGCACGAAAGGUGACAAGGCGGGUGUCGACGGUGUGCUCGCCCGAUAUUGUCUGGCUCCGCGCAAAGGCAGAGCUGUGCGCCACACGUACGAAUCACGAAUCGGAGCACCCCUGCAGUGGUACAGUGUUGGCUCGUGUCCGCCGACAGAGUGUCAGUGCGACGGCGGUCGGUGGUGUGCUGACACACGAGUGUAUUAUCCGCGGCUGUGUGUGCGUGCGUAUGUGCGUGACGUGUGCGUAAAGGCGAGAGAGCGACGGGCCGGCGGUGAAGGUGGUGCAAGAGAGAGGGACGGGCGCGACAGUGAUGCGGCCGUGAAUCCUCGAUACGUGGCUGCGUUCACGCCGCGUGUACUCCAUACGACACGGAUACAACGACACAACGACAACGACGACGAGGACGACGAAGACGUCGACGACGGCGGCGACGACGACAACGACGACGACGACGACGACGACGACGACGACGACGACAAUAACGACGACGUCGAUCACAACAACGACGACGACGUUGUUGGUUAGGAAACGACCGGAGCGACAGAAAAAGGCGCGUACUUAUAAAAGGCGCUCCGAAUUAUCACGCAUUCACGUAACCGCGACGCAUCACCUGACGCGUACAGGUUCCUAGCUUGGUCGACUCCUUCGACCUCCUCCUCUUCCUCGUCGUCACUAUGGCGGACGACGAGGUUCUCUUCGACGAUGUUUACGAGCUCUGCGAAAUUAUCGGCAAAGGACCAUUCAGCGUCGUUCGGAAAUGCAUUCACCGUCACACCGGGCAAAUUUUUGCCGUGAAAAUUGUCGAUGUGGCGAAAUUCACCUCUAGUCCUGGGCUCAGUACUGCGGAUUUAAAACGAGAAGCUACAAUAUGCCAUAUGUUGAAACAUCCACAUAUUGUGGAACUGCUCGAAACUUACAGCUCCGAGGGCAUGCUAUACAUGGUAUUUGAAUAUAUGGACGGCUCUGAUUUAUGCUUCGAGGUCGUAAGACGAGCAACUGCUGGAUUCGUAUACAGUGAAGCAGUUGCAAGUCACUACAUGCGACAGAUCCUCGAAGCAUUGCGUUACUGCCAUGAGAAUGACAUUAUUCAUCGUGACCUGAAGCCGCAGUGCGCCCUCCUGGCUGGCAAGGAAAAUUCCGCCCCGGUGAAGCUGCGCGGUUUCGGCGUUGCCGUGCAACUCCCGACUUCGCAAUCUAAUGGCGUUGGUCGUGUCGGAUGUCCGCACUUCAUGGCGCCGGAAGUGAUCCAACGGCGACAGUAUGGGAAACCCGGUGAUGUCUGGUCAGCCGGAGUGCUGCUACAUGUCUUGCUAACUGGCACACUUCCGUUCGUCGGAUCUCGAGACAGGCUGCGGGAAGCGAUCUGUCGAGGGCGGGUGCAGAUGGAGACACCACUCUGGGAUCCCAUUAGUGAGCCGGCGAAAGAUCUCAUACAGAGAAUGCUUACAACCGACGUGAAUCAUAGGAUCACCAUCCAGGAGGUUCUCAACCACAAGUGGCUCAGAGAUCGUGAUAAGGGUGCAGCCCGUAUACAUUUAGGUGACACUAUAGAAGAGCUUAAGAAAUUCAAUGCGAGGCGAAAAUUGAAAGACGCCGUAAAAGCAGCCGUCUCCUCGUCGAAGUGGCAUGCUCCGUAUUCAGAAGCUAAUGGCGACAAUUUCUCUGACGUCGGCGAUGAUGAGAUAACUACAGGCGCUGUAGCUGAAAUUGUGGAUUGCUUGGAUGACAUUGAAAUUCUUGAGGAAAGUGACAGACUGUUGCGAUCGGAAGUUCUCAAUGCCGUUGAUGAUCAUCGAAUUCGAGUCAUCUUAGAGCUUUAUGACAGAAUCUCAGGUCGUGUACCUGCACCAUAUCGAGCACCACAAACGGAUGCGGUUCAACGUGCUCAUGACGUUGAAGAGAUUCUUCGGGAAGCAGAGCAUUCGGCGGUGCGAAAUAUCGAUAGAGCCGAUCUUCGAGAACUUCACGAAUUAUUGGUCCAGCCACAUAUGAGGGCACUUCUACAAGCUCACGAUGUUGCCGGUCACGAGGUCUACGGCGAGGAAGCCACCAGGGUAACGCCACCGCCACUUCUCACGUAUCUGAAUGGCGGUGACGAUCUCGAAGGACAAAACGGCGAUUUAGAUGAAAAAAUUACUCGCGUCAGACUAGUGCAGUUCCAGAAGAAUACGGAUGAGCCAAUGGGAAUUACAUUGAAAAUGAAUGAGGAUGGACAAUGCUUCGUAGCGCGGAUUAUGCACGGUGGGAUGAUCCAUAGACAAGCCACUCUUCACGUCGGUGAUGAAAUUAGAGAGAUCAACGGUAUACCAGUUCAGAAUCAAUCCGUUAAUGCCUUGCAAAAGAUUCUGCGGGAGGCACGUGGGUCGGUGACUUUCAAGAUCGUGCCGUCGUACAGGAGCGCGCCGCCCCCCUGCGAGAUUUUCGUUCGAGCGCAAUUCGACUACGAUCCACUAGAAGAUGAAUUGAUACCCUGCGCACAGGCUGGAAUCGCUUUUAGAACCGGUGACAUUCUGCAGAUCAUCAGCAAGGAUGAUCAUCAUUGGUGGCAAGCGAGAAAGGAUAACGCGGCUGGUUCCGCGGGUCUUAUCCCAUCGCCCGAACUUCAGGAAUGGCGCAUUGCUUGCAUGUCUAUGGAGAAGAACAAGCAAGAACAAGAUGCUGAAGGAGAAGGUGGAUGUUCUUCUCACACCGAAGGCUGCGACGGUUCGACAGUAAAUUGCUCAAUAUUCGGCCGGAAAAAGAAGCAAUACAAGGAUAAAUAUCUUGCAAAGCACAACGCUGUUUUCGACCAGCUGGACCUGGUGACCUACGAAGAGGUCGUGAAGCUUCCUUAUCCUGCCUUCCAACGGAAAACUUUAGUAUUAUUGGGAGCACAUGGUGUCGGUCGACGACACAUAAAAAAUACGAUUAUUUCCAAGCAUCCUGAUAAAUACGCCUAUCCUAUUCCGCAUACAACGAGGCCUCCACGAAGUGAUGAAGAAAAUGGUCGUAAUUACUAUUUCGUAUCGCAUGAUGAAAUGAUGGCAGAUAUAGCUGCUAAUGAAUACCUCGAAUACGGUACGCAUGAAGAUGCUAUGUACGGAACUAAGCUCGAAACUAUCCGCAAAAUUCAUGAAGAAGGCAGAAUGGCCAUAUUGGAUGUUGAACCACAGGCACUGAAAGUUUUACGGACUGCUGAAUUUGCACCUUACGUCGUUUUCAUCGCUGCACCAGCAUUUGCAAAUGUUACGGAUUUCGACGGUAGUUUAGAACGUUUGGCGAAAGAGUCGGACAUGCUGAAGCAAGCAUAUGGGCAUUUCUUCGAUUUGACUAUCGUGAACAACGAUCUUGACGAGACAAUCGCCCAAUUGGAGGCUGCGAUUGAACGCGUUCACACGACACCACAAUGGGUGCCUGUUUCUUGGGUCUACUGACAGCGGUCUUCGCCGAUUCGUCACAUCGUCACCACGGAUUGCAAUGGCUCAUCAAGGAUGAAACAGUGAUCGCUGGUGCCGUGACGAUCAUCGUAUCACGAUCGGUCCUCUCGACGCAAAGAUUUGACGUCAACAGUCACCGGCGUCCAACAGGAAUACGCCGCAGACAAUUACGCCGUGUACGUAGGACGUACUCAACGUACCAGUAAACAUACUCGUCGUCGAUCGGCUCGACGGUGAAAACGAUCAAAGUGCGUGACUAUACGAUGGCCGUGUGUUCAUGAAAUUCUUUCCAUCGCUGCGUAAUUGUUAUUAUCAGUCGCGAGACACGAGAAGAGACCAGCGACGUAUCGUAGUCAUCCUGAUCCAUCGAUGAGUAUCGCUGUUGCGUCCGCUACCGAGUCGGAUCAUCCGGAAAUGGAACGCGUCAUCAUCGAAGCACGACGAAGAUCAGUGACGGCAAUAAUGUCGUCACGUGCGUCUAGAAACGGGCGCUUUUUCGCGGACCACCAACUCUUUCCUGAUUUCAUCUCCUUCUCCCUCUAUUCCGUCUUCCUCCUUUGAAGAUUAAAAGAUAAGACAAAGAGCAACACUGAUCAGCUGGGACUUCUUUUGAAAUGAGACUGCUGAACGAAUGCGUGUCUUUCUUUUUUAUUCCGCGCAAUUUGUCGUUUCUUUCGACACAUUCCUGGCACGGUUUCGACGAAUUCACAUACGAAUUUCUCGUGAUUCCACGCUCAAGGCAAUCACGUUUACGAACGCGAACUAUGUGCAGUGAUAUGGCAACGCGAUAACAAGAAUCAAAGAAUGUCGCGCAGAAUGUGGAAAACCAAAAAUGAGAAACAAUAAUCGUUCAUACUUUCGCACGGAUAUCAACCGAGCGGCUGCAUCUUCGUACUCUUUAUCUGCGGAAUCUAUCGAUUUCCGCAAACUGUAAUUGCCUCCAAUCAUAUUUUAUCGUAAUUACUUAACGAAAAGAAGCUAGAGAUCUCUCUCGUGCGGCACGGCAGUGCUCAUGAAUAUAA